AUGGAAACAAUUUCCAGGAUAUCCUCGAUGCUGGAGACAGCUCGAGAGCUCACGAUAGAGGCUGCCCAGUCCGCUACUAUUCACCGGGCCUCUAGCACCGACUAUAGUUCGCGAACAUACAGUUCUGCGCAUAUCAAGAAACUCCUUGAUAGCCGCCAUGAGCGGGAAGUGUUGGAUGGAAUGCGGAAGGUCAUCUCGUUGAUGUACCGGACCGAACCUACCCUUACGUUCUUUUCGGCAGUUGUCAAGAAUGUGGCCAGCGCCAGCCUCGAAGUCAAGAAACUGGUUUACAUUUACUUGGUCCAUCAUGCGGAGGCUGAGCCGGAUAUGGCACUACUAUCCAUCAACGCGAUCCAGAAAUCACUCACCGAUUCAAACCCGCAGGUCCGGACAAUGGCGCUUCGGACGAUGUCGGGAAUCCGGGUUCCGGUGAUUAGCCAGAUCGUGUCGCUGGCAAUUAAGAGAGGAUGUGGAGAUAUGAGUCCGCACGUGCGCAAGGCCGCUGCUUUGGCUAUUCCCAAGUGCUAUCGUCUGGAUCCCAAUACGCUGCCGCAGCUGAUGGGAUAUCUCGAGACGCUCUUGGGCGAUCCUCAAUACUUUGUUGUCGGUCCCGCAAUCGCUGCCUUUUUGGAUCUGUGUCCGAAUGAGAUUGAUCUAAUUCAUAAGCACUACCGCAGCCUCGUCAAGAAGCUGGUUGAUAUGGAUGAAUGGAGUCAGCUAGCAACAUUGCGACUGCUAACAGUAUAUGCGCGAAAAUGUUUCCCUCAUCGAACCCAGAAAGUCAAACAGACAGCGCCGCAGGCAUUCUACGACGAUGAAAAUCAGCAACAGGGGAACCAGAAUGAUGGCGAAGAGCUCGAAGUUGCAGUAAUGGAUCCGGAUCUUGAGCUUUUACUCCGAGCUUGCAAGGUUCUACUACAGAGCCGAAACUCCGCCGUCAUUGUCAGCGUCGUCCGUUGCUUCUUUUACCUUGCCCCGUCAGAAUAUAUUGCUUUAGCGGCUGGUCCUCUAGUGGCUCUUUUACGAAGCCCGCAAGAUAUGCAACUGAUCGCCCUGUACAACAUCGUCGCAGUUGCCUUGAAGGCCCCGAAACCAUUUGCUAAAUACACCGCCCACUUCCUUGUCCAUGCCAACGACCCUUCGCAUAUCUGGCGCCUUAAAUUGGAAGUGCUGACCAUUCUAUUCCCGCACUGUGGGAAACACUGGAAAGGUGUGAUAAUCAACGAAUUAGAGCACUUUUCUAAAGGCACCGACCCCGAGUUGGUACGAGAGAGUGUACAAGCCAUUGGGCGCUGUGCCCAAGGGGAUACAAGUACCACUGGAUUGUGCCUACGAAUUCUUCUCAGUCAGAUAUCCAGUUCGGAUGACAACCUUGUGUCAGAGUCACUUACUGUCAUUCGUCAUUUGAUUCAACAAGAUCCAUCCUCACAUACAAGGACGGUUCUCCAACUCGUCAAGCAUUUGGGUACAACAACACACCCAGAUGCACGAGCUACCAUUAUAUGGCUAGUCGGCGAAUUCGCCGGUGUUAACCCAGAGAACAACAUUGCACCUGACGUCCUCCGCAUUUUGAUCAAAGGGUUCGCAGAUGAGAUGGAAACUGUCAAACAGCAAAUUGUGCUCCUUGGCGCUAAAGUGUAUCUCCACCAUCUGUUGCAAAACCCGCCGAAGGAACAACCUGAACAGACUGAAGUGUCAUCACUGCCCGAGAAGCCCGCCAAAGCCCAGCAGGAGUUCCACAAUGAAUGGUCCGACAAUCAGAACGAUGACUCGCAAGAUCCUGCCCAGCCCGAAGAGGCAGAAAGUACACAGGGAAAUGACAAUAUUGAGUCAAAGGAAGAGGAAUCCGAAGACCGCAUUACCUUACUAUGGAGGUACAUCCUCCUUCUCGCACGCUACGACACUUCCUACGACCUGCGUGAUCGGGCCCGUCUUUACAAGAAUCUCUUAGAAACACCCUCUUCUACCCAACUUGCCAAUCUCCUCCUCCUGGCACCUAAGCCAGUUCCCCAUGCCCCUAGCCCAUCCGAAACACGCAAAGAUUUGCUCGUUGGCUCUGCCACCCUUGUCGUCGGCCCCGACGCUGGGUACCAUGGACUGCGGGGAUACAUGAACCUUCCAGAUUGGGUCGAGCUAGGCCAGGAACCCGAUCCAAGCCUCCGUAUCGAUGAUGUGAAACCAGACACAUCCACCAACUCAGCCUCUAUGACUGCAGGUGAUCGUCUCGAUAGAGCACUCCGUGAACAUCAAACCACUUCCAUGCCAAGUCGCAACCGAAAUAACACGGUUAUGCCGGUAGAUCCGACUGGGAAGAAGACCCUUGACCAAUGGCUACAGGAAGAGGACGAAGAAACCGAGACAGAGUCUGAAACGGAUUCCGAGGAAGAAGAAACUGAUUCCGAGGAAGAGGAGACGGACUCGGAAGAAGAGUCUGACUCGGAGGAAGAUGAUGAUUCUGAAGAAGAGACUGAUUCUGAGACCGAAGCCGUGCAUAAAGAGGCCCAGCAAUUACUCCGUUAA